CUUCCCAUCUCCAACUCGAGCUUCCUGUUGAUCAACCAUGGCCGCCGCGUUCUGCCUUGACAGAGUGCUCGCCUUCUGCUUCCUUGCUCUGCUUGCCUGCGCCGCCGAUGGACAGUUGUCGCCGACGUUCUACAGCUCUACGUGCCCCAAUCUGCAGAGCAUCGUGCGGUCGGCCAUGACUCAGGCCGUCAACAAGGAGAGGAGGAUGGCCGCGUCCAUCCUCCGGUUGUUCUUCCACGACUGCUUUGUCAGUGGCUGUGACGGAUCGAUUCUUCUGGAUGACACAUCUACCUUCACCGGCGAGAAGAACGCGGGCCCGAACGCCAACUCCGUCCGCGGCUUUGAAGUCAUCGAUACCAUCAAAUCCAACGUCGAGACCGCGUGCAAAGCCACUGUGUCGUGCGCUGACAUCCUCGCGCUCGCCGCGCGCGACGGUGUUGUGCUGCUCGGGGGACCAACAUGGACCGUGCAACUGGGACGCAGGGACGCCACCACCGCCAGCCAAAGCUCGGCCAACAGCAACCUCCCCAGCCCCGGCUCCAGCCUCUCCCAGCUCAUCUCAUCGUUCUCCUCCAAGGGCCUGAGCGCCCGCGACAUGACCGCGCUCUCCGGCGCCCACACCAUCGGCCAAGCCCGCUGCACCACCUUCCGCUCCCACAUCUACAACGACGCCAACGUCGACGCCAGCUUCGCGUCGACCCAUAAGCAUACCUGCCCCGCCUCCGGCGGCGACAGCAACCUGGCCCCGCUCGACCUCAAGACGCCCACCACCUUCGACAACCGGUACUACCAGAACCUGGUGGUCCGGCGGGGCCUGCUGCACUCGGACCAGGAGCUCUUCAACAAAGGGUCUCAGGACUCGCUGGUCCGCCAGUACAGCACCAACGCGGCGGCCUUCAGCUGCGACUUCGCGGCGGCCAUGGUGAAGAUGGGAAACAUCAGCCCGCUCACAGGGACCAAGGGGGAGAUCAGGUUGAACUGCAGGAAGAACCUGAACGCGCGGGACCUCACCGCGCUCUCCGGCGCCCACACCAUCGGUCAGGCCCGCUGCGUCAACUUCCGCUCCCACAUCUACAACGACGCCAACAUCGACGCCAGCUUCGCGUCGCAGACCCAGCAGAACUGCCCGUCCUCCGGCGGCGACAACACCCUGGCGCCGCUCGACCUGCAGACACCCACCGCCUUCGACAACGCGUACUAUCAGAACCUGGUGUCGCAGAAGGGCCUCCUCCACUCGGACCAGGAACUCUUCAACAACGGCACUCAGGACGCGCUGGUCCGGCAGUACAGCACCAACGCCGCAGCCUUUUCGAGGGACUUCGCGGCGGCCAUGGUGAAGAUGGGAAACAUCAGCCCGUUGACGGGAAGCCAGGGAGAGAUUAGGUUGGAUUGCAAGAAGGUGAACUGACACACCAUGUGCCAAUAAAAACCCCAAGGGUUUAAUAACAACUUCUAUCAUGCAUCGUUAUCGAGUGUAUCUGCAAGCUUCAAACAUGUAUUCGCUAAGUCUAUCGACUCAUCUAAUCCAGGUUUGAUUACCCCUUAAUU